AUGGUAGCAUGGGGUAUUUGGAAAGCUCGAAAUGAGCUUCUUUGGCAGGGUCGUUCUUCUCAGGCUGCGGAUGUGGUUCGAGUGGCAAUGUCGUGUCAUUCUAGUUGGUUAUUGGCUCAAGAGAACAGGUUUGAACCACUGUUGUUUGAUGUUACUGUUGUUGGUAGCAGUGUUUGUUGGGUGAAGCUGCCUGCUGGGAAGCUGAAGAUCAACACUGAUGGGGCGAUUUUUGAAGCAACAACUCAAUAUGGUACGGGCAUGGUCAUUAGAGAUUAUCAUGGGAAGCUAAUCGAAGCUAGUUUCUCUUUGCAUUCUGGGGUUUGUCAGCCAGCUGUGGUUGAGAUAUUGAGCGUCAAGGAGGCCCUUAGUUGGUUGAAGUUGAAGAAUUUCUCCAAUGUCUUAGUUGAGACAGAUUGUAUUGCUGUUGUUCAAGCUCUUAAUAGCUCGGUUGCUCUUCCAUCGGGUAAACCGAAGGUAGAGGUAGUGGUUGUGGUGGUUAUACCUCCGACCACCGUUUUUAGAGGAGAAAACAUUGUAUCUCAACGUCUAUUAAGGUUGUGA